AUGACAGGGACUCAGGUGGAGGUGCCGGGCCCGCUGUUUGAAAAGCAGCCCCCUCCCUCCUCACCCGUGGUGCUCCUCCUCACGCCGCAGGAGGAGGAGGAGGCGUCCGACAAGGAGGACAAGGACAGGAAGAGGAGCGCGAGCAGGAGCGCGUCCGGAGCGGCGGACUCGGAUCAGGGUCGGGUUCGGACCAAACUGCGUAAGUUCCUGCAGAGGCGGCCGACGCUGCAGAGCGUGAAGGAGAAAGGCUACAUCAGAGACAACGUGUUCGGCUGCCACCUGGACACUCUGUGCCACCGAGAGAACAGCACCGUGCCGCGCUUUGUGGAGAAAUGCAUCAGAGCAGUGGAGAGGAGAGGUCUGGAUGUGGAUGGGAUCUACAGGGUGAGCGGUAACCUGGCUGUCAUCCAGAAACUUCGACACAAGGCCGACCACGAGGAGCAGCUGGACCUGGAGGACGGCCAGUGGGAGGAGAUCCACGUGGUCACCGGGGCUCUGAAGCUCUUCCUGCGGGAGCUUCCUGAGCCGCUCUUCCCCUUCAGCAGCUUCAGCAGCUUCAUCGCCGCCAUCCAGCUCCCAGACUACCAGCAGAGGGUUUCCUUCAUGAAGGAUCUGGUUCGCUCUCUUCCUCUGCCAAACCACGACACCAUGGAGCUGCUGUUCAGACACCUGCGCAAGGUGAUCGACCAUAAGGAGUCCAACAGGAUGUCUGUCCAGAGCGUUGCCAUAGUGUUUGGCCCCACGUUGCUCCGCCCCCAGACCGAGUCGGCCAACAUGACGGUCCACAUGGUGUACCAGAGCCAGAUCGUGGAGCUCAUCCUCAACGAGUUCCACACCGUGUUCCCCCAGAGAUAGAACCCCCCGGACUCCUCCUGGAACCUCCACUCCGGGGGGGUGGGGGUGUGGGGGGGGGGUUGAGGGGGCCUCGGAGAACCUUACAGCACUGGGGGAACACAGUCCUGGAACCUCCGGGGUGUAAACCUGCCACCACUGGGGAACGUCUCUGAGGAACCGCCGGGGAAAUUUACAAAAAAAGAUGAUGUCACCGAACUUUGUAGGACUCUGGAGCGAGACGUGGCCAGCAGGGGGCGCAACUCAAGGCCCGGGGCCUCCUGUUCAGUCACAGUCACAUGACCAUCGUGCCUUAACAGUAGGGAUCAACCAAUUAUCGAUCAAUAUCAGGGCCGAUGUUCUGAAAUUUUAAUCCUCAGGAUGGUAAUGCUCAUCUUCAUGACAGCUGAUAUGAAAAUCAGUCAGGCUCCGCCCCUCUGUCUGACAGGCAACGCCCCUUCGCCUGACAGGCUCCGCCCCUCCGCCUGACAGGCUCCGCCUCUCUGUUUGACAGACAGCGUAACAAAGCGAGUGGGCGGGGCCGUGUGUUUCUCAUAAAGUGGCUCCAGUUUUACUUCCCUUCUCAGUGGAUUUUUGUUUAAUCUAUUUGACAGAAAGUGAAAGUGAAAGCUGCUCAGUUUUGCUUCCACUAGAUUCAAACACAAGAAUUUUUUUUUUGUUUUCUGUUCUCUGUUUUUAUUUUAUUUUACUUUUUGUCUGCUUUCUACAUUUUAACAUAAGAAAUAUUUUGUCAUCCUGAGGGGAAAUUGACACUUGAAUUUUUCUCGGCAUUAAUAUUUUAGUAUUUCUAAUGUUAAAUGUUCAAUUCAAAGCAAGGUUUGUGUUGGUGUCUCUAAAACACUGCAGUUUUCAAAUUUAUUAAAAACAAAUAUUGGCCUUAAAUAUCCAUCAUGGAUGUCCUGGAUCGCUAAAAAUCGGUAUCGGCCCUGAAAGAUCAAAUUGUUUGAUCUCUACUUAAAAGAGCCGGUAGAACCGCUCAGGACCGACUGUUCCACCUGUUUCAGACGUUCAACACUGAGACAGGAGAACCCAAACGUUCUCCACAUGGAAGCUCGGAAAUGACACGUUCUUGUGGCCUUAGCUCACUGCAGUGAGCCCCUUCCACGCAAAUUAACUUGAUUCACUAAAAUGACGCUUUAAAGAAUCAGGGUUAAUAAUGUUUGACCGUUUAACUUUGACCAGAAAUUUAGCAAGAAAUUCAUUAAACAUUACAAGAAAAUGACCAGAAAAUUAUGACCAAGAAAUGUGAAACAGAUCAAAAUAAUCAGUAAGAAAAUAGUGAAACACUGAUUGAAAAUUAGCAUUCGAGUGGUGAUGCCACGCUCUGCGCCGUUCUAAACAACGCCAGACAAACAAACAAACAAA